GCAGGCAGAUUUGAACCGCUUGAGUACAACAAUAGUUGUCAGCACAUCAUCGACGUUGCACUCGGAACACUUGGCAGUUGGAGGAAAGGAGAGAGCGGUUCGACAGCCAAGACACGCUGCAGCAUGGCAUGUCUGAUGGGGUGCAUGUGCUCGACGGAAAAUGACAAAGAUUCGACGAAGUUGACAGACCAGAAGGCAAGCUACGCAGAUAUGGCCGAAGAUGCAGCAAGCAUGCUGUCUGAAUCAGCCCCCCUUUACACGAGGCUACAGCUUUCAAUCUCGUGCAAAGGGUUGGUAAACAUGGACGCGUUUUCCAAUUCGGACCCUUUCGUGUUGGUGAAGAUCCACUCCCCCUCGGACAGCAACGAAAGCAAGGAGAUCGGUCGGACGGAGAUCAUCUCCAACAGCCUCGACCCUAAGUUCGUCACCAUCGUGCCGGUGACUUUCAAGUUCGAAGAGGUCCAGACACUCCGCUUCGAGGUGUACGACGUGGACACGGCUUACUCAUCAUCGGACGCCACACACAUCGACCCAUCAAAGCAGGACUUCCAAGGGGCGGCGGAGUGUGCGCUCGCGCAGGUGGUCGGGGGGCGAGAUCAGACAUGGGAGGGCCUCUUGUCUGGCGCGAAGAGGGGGAAGGGCGGCUCGCCGAAGGUCGUGGUUCGCGCAGAAGAGGUGGCCAACUGCGAUGGUCUCGCCCAGAUAACACUGGCCGGCUCUAAUAUUGGAAAGUGGCCAUUUUUACGCGUCAGUCGAGUGAGCGAGAAGGGCCCGCCGAUCCGGUGCUUCAAGACCGAAGUGGCUAAGGGGUCCCCUCCAAGACCAUGGGCACCAAUCAAGAUCUCUCUGCAGGUCCUGGCAAACGGUGACCCCUAUCGCCCGCUCCUCAUCGAGGCUUUCACCUGGAAAAAGCGAGUAUUGUCCGGGAACCAUGUUCUGCUUGGGUCCUGCAAGGCUAGCGUUAACGACAUCAAGUCGAUGGCGGAGACCGGGUUGCAGAACUUGAUGCUGGACAAAGGACGGCGUGCGAUAACCGUGAGGUCGUGCACGAUCACGCCCCAACCAACUUUCUUCGGCUACAUCGCGGGGGGCAUGCAGAUUGGCUUCACGGUGGCCAUCGACUAUACCUUGAGCAACGGCCGCCCUUCGCAGCCCGACUCGCUUCACUACCACGACCCUACCGGCCGCACCGACAACGAGUACGCACAAGCCAUCCAGUCCGUAGGGGGCGUCUUGGAGUACUUCGACGACGACAGGCGUUUCCCCGUGUACGGCUUCGGCGGUCGUCCCAAGAAAGCACCAAGGCAGACGAGCCACUGCUUCGCGGUCAACGACAACGAGAAGGAUGCCGAGGUCGAGGGCAUCUCGGGGGUGCUGGAAACGUACCGCCAGAGCUUGAAGCGCGUAGAGCUGAGCUUACCCACCCUCUUCGCUCCGGUCAUAAGCAAGGUGGCUUCCUUGGCGGCUUCCACGAUGACCAAGGACCCGUCCCGGCAAUACUACACGAUUCUGCUGCUCAUCACCGACGGGGCAAUUAUGGACGUUGAGAAUACGGUGGAGGCGAUUGUGGCGUCAUCGGACUACCCGUUCAGCGUUGUGAUCGUCGGCGUGGGGGAGGCUGACUACACCUCCAUGAAGCGGUUGGACGGCGACGACGUACGCCUCGUUAAUAAGGCAGGAAAACGGGCAGGAAGAGACAUCGUGCAGUUCGUGCCGAUGAGAGACUUCGCCGGCAAGAGCUCGCACGCUCUCGCGAAAGAGGUCUUGGCAGAAAUCCCCGCCCAAGUAAUCGAGUACAUGGAGAACAACCAGAUCCCUCCGGGAAACCCGCACCGGCCAAGGACGGGCGGUGGCCAGGGUUCAAUCGGCUCCAUGGCUCUCAAGGGAUCAUUCAUGCACAAUGGGGCAGCGCCGGUGGCAGGAGGCCCGGCCUCCCACAGGGCACCGGCAGCUCCCGCCGAGCCGCCGCAGGUAGUCUGUGAUUAUGGUGGCAUCGACCGCGCUGACCGGCAGGUUGAUGAAAUGCGCCCGUGCCGCUGUAGCCGGACAGCGGGCAAGAAAAAGCCGCGAACUAUAGGGAAGCGGCGGAGGAGAAUUCGUUCUUGCUGCGUGGCUGAGCGUUGAGUGUAGCAGGCGUUGAAUUUGGCUGCAACGGUCGGCAGGCCGUUGAGAGAAAACGCACUGUCCUCCGGUGGGGCUCACUUUAACAAGCGUGUGUGGAUGUGCAUGCUUUUUCCGUAGUUGGCGAAUGAGGCAUGUUGUUCGGUCACUCUAAGAGGUGACGAGAAUAGCAACAGAGGAGCAGGGAGGUACUUGUUGAAUGGGAGGUGUCGUCGGGCUAUUCGGCCAUCGUUGGGCCUUCGGGAGUGUACCAUUGGGACUGACUGCUGCAGCACGUUGUUGCUUUGCCCAUAACCAACGUUGUGUUUUCUUGCACCUCUACACCGUUCCCCGUUCGGUAAUGUACAUUGCAAAUACACCGACGAACCCUCAUGGUAGUCUGCCCGGAAGGGAUGCUUUCCUUCAAGCGUAUUUUAGGCAAGAACAGACUGUUUGCUUGAGGUCGCGUCUCGCUGGAAAGUUACAAGUUGAGGUGUCAAAAAGGUCGCCGACAGGACACACUCUGGGUUUCUCGCCUCUUCGCCGUUUCUUGCAGCGGCGAGACCCGGUGACUGACGUGAGUAGGUUUCGAAUGGUUGGUUUCGUCCGGCCUUUUCUGAAGUUGUUUUGUUUCGUUCGAACCCUUUUUUCGAGUAUUUCAUUACUAUGGUAAGGUGGCCACCCGCCCAUUAGGCGGGACGGCCACCGGAGGGUGUUCAGCGGUACGAAUUGGUUCGGUGGUGAAGGAAGAUGAGCACACCUUGGGAGGUGAAGGAAGAGGAGCAAGACCGAGCGUAGCAUGUAUAUACGAUAUUUUUGAAGUUCAAUAGUAGGAUGUGCUUGAGAGGUAUAGUAGAGGAGGAAGAACGAGGUGUCCAUUGUUGCAGGAUACCUGUACGGUGUAGCACAGAAAUACAGCGAUACGAAAUGGUAGGGACGUGAAGAAAGAAGAGGAAGAACCCGAACCGGCUGUCCAUUGUUGCGGAUAUGUUUGCCAGGAGAUUCGCCUGAAGCUCUGAAGCUCUAAUGUCACGUUUGUGAAUGCGUUAUGUUGGACACGGUAAAUAAAAACAGUCUUGCUUACAGAUGAGCGCAAAGAAU